UUUCGAUCGAUAUUCGAAACUUACACAUUUACAACGUGCGGUAGCUUAUAUGCUUAGGUUUGCGCAUAACUGCCGCCCUUCAUCCAAUAAAACUACGGGUGUGCUACAACCUGAGGAGCUCGAGGUUUCGUUCAAAAAACUGGUCGCUUUGUCACAACAGGCUAGUUUCCCCCUUGAAUUGAAUUUGUUGCGUGACAAGCAACCUCUAGGCCCUAAAAGCCCUAUUUUAUCAUUGAACCCAUUUUACGAUGAAGACGACAAGCUUCUCAGAGUUGGUGGACGUCUGUCCUCGUCGUUUUAUCCAUUUGACAAACGCCACCCAAUGCUGUUACACUCUAAACAUAGAUUGACUAGAUUGCUGUUUCAACAGGAACACAUCCGUCUCCUGCACGCUCCUCCUCAGCUGCUUCUAGCCGCCGUUCGCGAGACGGUAUGGCCCGUAUCGGGGCGCACGCUUGCGCGCACCGUAUCGCAACAAUGCGUCACCUGUCGCCGCGCAGCUGGCAACACUUCUGCUCCUUUGAUGGGCGCUCUGCCUUCUCAGCGCGUAACGCCUGAUUUUCCUUUCCUUAGUGUCGGCGUAGACUUCGCCGGUCCCUUUAUGAUUACGGACAGGCAUGGCAGAGGUUGCAAAAUAACAAAGUGCUAUUUAGCUAUAUUUGUUUGUUUCCGGUACAAAUGUUUGCAUUUAGAGGCAGUAAGCACGCUGUCGACGGAUUCGUUCAUACUUUCACUGCGACGUUUUAUCUCUCGUAGAGGGCGACCUCGCGAAAUAUUCUGCGAUAAUGGACGUAAUUUUGUAGGAGCGGCCAAGGAAAUUAGCGAUUAUCUUACUUCAAACUCAGACACGGUUUGCAAUUUUGCAGCAAAUGAGGGAAUACAAUUUAAAUUCCAACCGGCAUAUGCUCCUCACUUUGGUGGUUUGUGGGAAGCAGGAGUCAAAUCGGCAAAAUUUCACCUCAAUCGUAUAUUAGGUAACGCUCAUUUAACCUAUGAAGAAUUGGCAACUCUCUUUAGUCAGGUAGAAUCUAUCCUUAACAGUCGUCCUUUAUGUCCUUUGUCGUCCUCACCAAACGAUUUCCAACCCUUAACCCCAGGUCACUUCAUCAUCGGCCGCGCGCUCACUUCGUUGCCGUCGCCCCACCUCGCGGAUAUAAACCCAAACCGUUUAGAUAGGUUUCAGAGGCUCGAGGCAUUAAGACAGCACUUCUGGCGGCGCUGGCAAUUGGAAUACGUCUGCGAGCUCCAACAACGGACGAAGUGGCGUGUUCCAGGACGAGCUCUUCAACUGGGUGACCUGGUCCUCAUCAAGGAAGAGAAUACUCCUCCCCUACACUGGCGGCUUGGACGAAUCGCCAAAUUGUUUCCUGGCGCCGACGGGAUUUCGCGAGUGGCCGAAGUUGCCACAGUAACGGGCACUUAUAAACGAGGUGUGAAGUACCUCUGCCCACUGCUGGACGACACUUAUGAAGCCUUGAAGGCUGACGCCUCCAAGGGCCCCCAGGAUGUUGCGGCUCCUACCAACGAAGGGGAAGCGGGGACCGUACACCACUAAACCAGUUGGCCCAUCAGCCGCGCCCCCCGCCGUCUCUAUAGACGCCUAGCGAGCCAUUAGGCUCUGAGAUACACGCUCAUGUGCGCGUCACAC